GUUUUGUCCCAAGGUUCGCCAAAUCCUCCCAACUUGUCUCGCCAAGGCGGAAGGGAAGACAACAACACAACCAAAUAGUGAGUGUGCGCAGCUGCUGUGUUGUUGGCGACCACAACGUCAGCGUCAGACGACGAGUACAGAGCCGAGCUGAACUGAGCGGGGAUAGACAAGGAAGACGAAACAGGCCAGUCCAACAACACAGGCAAGGGACGGCGAAAGAAGAAGAAGAAGAAGAAGAAGAAGAAGAAGAAGAAGAAGAAGAAGAAAACAGGGGGAUAAGGCAAGGACAGACGGUGCAUCAAACGAACAACAGCAGGCAGCACCCACAACAACGAAAACAGGAUCAGACAACAUUGCACACAGCCCCCCGCAUCACACAGCAUGCCCACAACAACAGCAAGCAGCGCCAUGUUGAGUGGAGAUGUGGAGACAGUGCUGCGAGAGGCGCGGCUGUUGGCAAAGAAGUGCAGGGAGUUUCGAGCAUGUACCAGCUUGGGCAGCCCAGCCGCACAUCGGCUGCUGCAGAUGCUCAGCCACACGCACACAAGCUCCACACCACGAGAGCACGUGGCAUCCGCCCUUGCACGGAUGGGAAGCCCGCUGAGUCACGAAGCUUCCACCGCCGCUACCACCGCCACAUCCACCACGACUACCACUACCACAGCCAAUGGCGUCAGCAUGCCCAGCUUCGACAGCAGCCCGAUCCCAAAGCCUGCUCACCCUGCGCAGACGGAAUCGCCCAGGACCCCUUCCACUACGUCUGUGGCAAACCCGCCGCACCAACAUUGCCAGCCACAGACCCCAAAGUCCGUGUCUGCCCAUCAGCAGGAGGAUGCUGAUUCAGCCCCAUCCCCCAUGCACAUUACCGGCGCUGAGACGCCACGACGGCCGGGCGCGCCUUCUGCGGAGCAGGAGGAAGCGCUGGAGCUGCUCGUGUGGAUGGCAAGUCCACGGACCAAGCAAGACAGCGAUGCCGAGGAGGGCAACGGGCAGGAUGACGCUGGUCGUGCCGAUACUACUGCUGAUGGUGGUGAUAUGGGGUCCACACCAACAACGGAUUCACCUGCAAGGCCAACAACCACGGCGACAUCACCGAUGGCGGCAUCCCAGGACACGGCGGGCACAGCCACAGACACAACUGCAGACGCGGACACAAUACACAUUUCGUGGCCGUGCACAGAUGUGGCCCUGGCGCAGCGCAUUGGCGCAUUCAUCUCGCGGUUGUUUCACCUGCGAUAUGGCCCCUUGACAUCGGCGUUUCCUCACAUGGCGAGCACCGCCAAUGCUGGGCGCAACACACUCAGUCAGGGCACAUUCGGCGCUGACGCCACCGUUGCUGCUGGGCAGCAAACCAAUGAACACACGCCCGUGUCGUUGGCACAGGGCAACCUGCAGUCGCUCUCCUCUGCUCUCUCCACGAUCAUUGACUGGCUCACAACCCUUCCCAUCACUGACCUCUCCGUCACCGCCAUGUACAUUGCUCUCAAGAAAGCGAAGGGCGAGGCGUCUGUGCGGCGGCACAUUGUUGCCAUUGUGCUGGACUGGGUGGCAGCGCAGGAACUAGGCAGCGUCUCUGGCGAAGGAGCAGAGCAAGCCGUUGAGGCGUGUCUGGUGCUGGGCCUGACAGAUGUGUGGUCUGCUAUUCGCAAAGCAGCGGCACUUCGUGUGUCAGACGUGCUGGGCGUACUCACGUUUGAGCAGACGCGGCAGCUGUUUGAGGCGCUCGUGUCCAUCUGCAGCCGGGAGGACGCAUCGUGGCAGGAGACAGAGGGGGCUGUACAGGGCAUCACGACCAUCAUUCGCAAGUUCACAUGGGUGCACAAGACGGCGCUGCGUGACGAUGGACGCGCACACGGUCACGGCACGUUCAGGUUUGCCGCCGCCGCCGACUCGCUCACAGACCGCUCGGACUAUCAACUCACCUUUGGGGAGAUGGUUCUGCCUGCGGGGCUGCCGUCGUUUGUGGUUGACGGGUUCAACAGCAUCGUCUACAAGCUGCUGGCGCAUGAACAGCUGAGCAUCCGUGAAUACGCCACGAAGGCGUACGCGGCCUUUCUCAGCCGCAGCCAGUUCCACCAGGCGCUCAACACCCUCGAGAACAUUGUGGCGCGGCUGCGGCGCGAGCGCGGACGACGAAGCUUCUCCAACGCCAACAGCAGCAGCAGCAAUGGCAGCAGUGGUGCUCCUCGCUCGCCAUCACCGUCGUCGUCGCCAUCCCCAUUAGGAACAGGCGUGGGCUCGGCUGCUGCGCGUGCACGUGCGCGUGUUCGGGCGCGCCUGUCCCACCCAUCGCCACCACGACCACGACCACGCGGCACACCCUCAUCCGAUACGGUUGCCCCCGCCACAUCGCUUCCAGCGCUGCACUCGUUGUCACCACCGCCAUCGCCCGCAUCGCCAUCAUCGACCAUGCGCACGGGCUGGGGCGCGCCAAUCACCCCGCUGCCCGCGCACGAGGCAGAGGGCCUGCUUGGCGUGUGCCACUUCAUCAUCAAGCAUGUGCCGCCGGGGUUCCUGCUGCCAAAAUGGCCGCUGUUCUUCUCGACGUUCAGCGCGUACCUUGCCCACCCGGCCUCCACCGUGCGCCAGGCAACUAGCACCGUCUUCAAGUUUGUCGUUGCAAAGGACAGCAGCAACCCCGUCAUGCUAAAGCUUGUGCUUCAAGGACUGGCUGCCGACUGGCCUGUUGAUGUCGACCGCCUUGCCUCAGCAGCGGAGGCGACUGGUGCUGGUGACGAGGGCGACGGCCCGGGCCCGUCGUGGCAGUGGAAGGAGGGCCGGCUGCUCGCUUACGAGCUCAUUCUUCGGUACUGCAUCACAAACCACGUCCACUACCUCUUCCCAACCCUCCUCCUCGGAACACCAUACAAGCCCCGACAGGGCAUCGAACAGACAACCGAUCCCCACCAAUCGCACAUUCCAAAGCGAAAGUUCCGCAGACUGCUGAGUAUUCCCAGUACAACUUCUCUCCUCUCUCGCAGGGGCCACGUCAGAUCUUCCAGUCAUCACGAUCCCCUACCGCACCUCUCGUUCAAGUCUGAGGGCGGAAAUGCACACGACCACACGCCACUCGCCGCCCCCGGCCACGUCUCCUUCCACUCCCACAUGCCCCACGCACACGGCGCUCCCGGCCCCGUGACGCCGUUUGGCCCAACUGCUGUGGACCGGAAUGCACGGAGCACGUCGCACAAACCACGGGUGCCACGCCACCGGGCUGUGACGGGCGCACCGCCCAUGCGCUUGUCGGCACUUGACUCGCCAACAGCAACCCGCGAGGCAAAGGACGAUGCAGCGAGCAUGAAGACGCCGCCACGCCGCUCGCCGCACCAGGGCAGCGCAGACGACUACCACGUGCUGCUGUCGCCGACACACACGAGCACAACACCGCCAAGCGCGCGGUCUGUGAGCAGCAGCCCAAACACCACGCGCAAGGAGAUGCGCAAGCAGACACAGCGCUUGGACGUGAGGCGAGAGGCAACGCACCUGUUGUCUCCGCACACACCAACACCUGCGAAGCGAGUGCACGCUGUGGCAUCGUCCUCGCCUUCUGCUGCCAACACCUCGACUGGGAGCCUGCGAGAUCUUGUUUCUCGCGGCGUCAGAACACCCGGACGCCGCAUGACAGCACGGAAAACGCUUCUCCGCGACCAAGCCGUCAACAUGUCGUCUACCCCACUCAAGUUCACGACGUACCAGCAGAUCCGAGUGCACCGCCUGACGCGCACGCUCUCCACCACGCCAGGUGCCACGCUCGCACAUACGGGCUCGCUGCUGUCGCACCUGGCAGACCUUGACCUUCUGGACACAGAUGUGGCGCCGCCCGCUGCGGGCCCGCUGUGUGUUCGUCUCGCGCGCUCGCCGCUGUGGGGCAUCUCCUCGCGUGAAUGUCGCGGCGCCAUGGUCGAAUUGACGCAGCAGUUUCAAAGGGCAAGCAAGCCGGACAUUCUCACGUUUGACGACGACGACGAUGAUAAUGAUGGUGAUGGUGAUGAUGGUGAUGAUGAAGAUCAUGACGCGGAGGGAUCACUGACACACCAGCAUGCAACCACAGCACCUUCACGCGACCCCACAACGACGCCAACGGCAGCAACACCCACCGCCACCGGCCCGUCGACACAUCCGCUGUACAAGUUGCAACACGGACACGCAGCCCGUGCGCCUGCCGCUUCAACUGUCCGCAACCCUCUCGCCCCGCAGACCGCGCCGGAGCCAAGCAGCCCCGUACCGCGACGGCUGAGCCGCUCAAAGUCGUUCAGCGUGGGGGCGACGCCAAUGGCACUGCGGGUUGUUGGGCAGGUCGUUGACCAGACGCCGCACGAGGGCGAGAUGCCGGCGUGGGCAGACACGUCGCGGUUUGAGCCGCUGUCGCUGGUGCUGCUUGGCAUGACGCUGCAGGUGGUGGAGAGCUUUUCGUCACAGCAGUUUGAACUGCAACGCAUGGCAAAGGCGGUGCUGCCACUGCUGACAGAGGUCAUGCGGUGGUUUGACCCAACAACUCUCCAUGACCUGUGGCUGGCAUUUAACCCGACAGAUGUGUCGUGGGCGGCACACGUUGUUGCGCUGUCGUUCAAGCAGAGCGUCGCACAUGCGGCCUGGCUCAAGUCGUUUGUCUCCACCUCCGCCCUCUCGGCAUCGCCAACCCAGAAUUGCCAGCGGGCGUGCGGGCAGAUGAUUUCGUUUGUUGAGCCGCACGUCACGUGGCUCAGCCCGCUGUUUGUCGCGCGCGCCUGCUCCGUCCCACGUGUGGACGCCACUAUGAUCGUGUGUUUGGACAUCUGCCUGCUCACAUGUACGUCGUUCCGGCCGCAGCUGCCCAACGUGCAAGCAGUUGAGCUUGCUGUUGUCUCGCGGCUUGUUCGGCUCGGCAAGCGCGCAUACCCCAACAGCGGCCUGCUGGCAAAAGUUGCUCGCCAGCUGCAGUCCGUGUGUGCGAAGAACAAGUGUGAUGCCGUUCCCAAAGACGACGCACAGCCGGACCACAUUGACAGGGCUGCGUUCCUCGGCCAUAUGGCGUCAACGCGGCAGGUACCGGAUGCUGUUGUCUUCAAGCUCGCACUCAAGAACACCGUCGAGCAGCUGCACGCCAUCCUCAGCGACUUUGCAGACGUGUGCUCGCUGGAGGCCGCCAUGUCGCUGCUGCCGAUUCUGGCGCGCACAAUCCCGCUCGUGCAGGCCGACGAAGACAUCGUCAAGAACAUCUUGGAAGCCAUUCACCGUUGCAUUGAUCGUCUUGGAUAUGCGCACUGGUUCGCUGUCGACGCCCGCGGAGAACUCAAAUACGAGCGUGCAUCGCCGCAACACCACUCGUCCAGAGUCACCGUCAUUGACGUGGACACCGUCAUCCGGUGCAAGACGCCGUCAGCGCAGCAGCCGCCGGCCGAUCUUCAGCGCGUGCUCUUCUCGCUCGUCGCACCAAGCGCUUUCCAGCACUUUCUCAACGUCAUUCAAUCAGAGGAGUGCGACAUUUCUCUGCUGCGCCGUGUGCUGGAUGUAGUGCGUACGCUCUUCGUUGCCACCGCGUCCACCCUCCAUCUCAAGUCCUAUCUUCAGGUCCUCGCCGAGAAAUUGCGCAAGAACCAGCCGGCCGCCCCGCCUCCAGCACAGCAGCCGCCGCAUCUCGAUGCCGUCACGGGCGCGGCCUCCCUCGACCUCUCCAUCCACAGCGACGGCGACUCUGACGACGAGAAGAGCGUUGCGCAGAGUCUCGAGCACAGCGGUCGCGGAUUUGCAAACGCCAGCGGCGCAACCGCCGACGACGACGAAAGCGAUUGGGACUCCUGGGAGGAAGAGGACCAGGGUGACGCUGCUGUGGUCCAGGUCGUGUGUGAAUACAUUUCGCACUUCAAGUCCAUCUUCACCACCAGCCGAAUGCAGGCGCGUCUCGAGUGGUAUCGCCAACACUUGAAUGCGGAGGCCCAGGACUUUGAGGCCGUGUUUCGCUCGCUGUCGCUGGAGGACCAAAUCACCAUCAGCAGGGCUGUGUCGGACGCAGCGUCCACCGCUGAUGACGUGGAGAUUCACGCGUCGGCCACAGCCAACAGCGACACUCAGCUGCAGCACUCCAAAUCAACACAGCGUCUCGCCGCGUCUCCCAACCCGCGCAACGCCCGCGUGAGCGUUGUUUGACACGCUGGCUUGUGUCUCUCCUUCUUGUUUGCGCUCUUUAGAUUUUGAUUCAUCUCGAUGAUGCACACGUGUUGGCCUGUGUACGCUGUUUUGUGUGUGUAUGUGUGUGUGUGUGUGUGUCAAUGUGGAGGCAUAUGUGCGGGUGUGUGUGUGUGUAUGUGUGCGAGUCUUUCUUAUUUUGGUGACUCUCAACCUCUGUAUGAACACCAUGUGCAUACUCUUCCAUGUUCCUGCUGUGGUUGCAAAUGCUCGAAAGCGUUGCAUUCGCAUGCGUGUGUGUGUGUCGCAUCCACAACUGAACAUGGGCCCGCUCUCUUAGUUCUCAGGGUAGCUUCAGCAUCCGCUCGCCUUCAUGCAUGCCCUUGGUUCCCCCUUGUGCUUCUCUCACACUAAAAGGCCCGA